AUGGGAGGCGCGGGAUGGGCGCGCGGCGAAGCGCGCGUUGCUGAUGACUCGGACUUUGAAGCACUAAAGAAGCUCCUCGAAUCAGAAGUUGGCUGGACGCUGGAGUACGAGAAGGAUGGUGUCAAAGUUUGGGCAGAAGACGCGGCUCACGGCGCGCUCCGAACUGUCAAGGUGGUGGCAGAGUUCGAGGAUGUGGAACCAGACGCCCUGUACGAUGUACUCCACGACCCUGAGUACAGGUCGGUGUGGGACACCCACAUGCUGGCCGCGGAGGACGCUGGACAUAUCAAUGUCAACAACGACGUGGGAUAUUAUGCCAUGUCAUGUCCAGCGCCCCUCAAGAACCGCGACUUUGUGCUGCAGCGGUCGUGGUUGGACACCGGUGACGAGAAGAUGAUCCUCAACCACUCCGUCUUUCACAAGGAUUAUCCGCCGAGGAAAGGAUAUGUGAGAGCUGUCUCUCUGCUGACGGGGUUCGUGGUGCGGACGAGGUCUGGUGCCGGGAGCUGGCUCGGCUACGUCUCCAGGUCUGACCCUAGAGGUGCCCUGCCCGCCUGGCUGGUGAACAGGGUCACAGCACAACUAGCACCACGCCUAGUGCAGCAGUUGCACGCAGCAGCUCGUCGGUACCCUGGCUGGAAGGCGCUCACAGACCUGCCGUAUCACAAGCCCUGGAGACACCCUGAACAGGUCCCGCCACAUAGGAUCUCUUUGGACGAUUGCGUAGACCCCGACGCGCCACCGCCGCCCGAAGAACCAAAACCAGACACAUCCAAAGGCAAACUGGAAGUGCCACACACCAAAGAAAUAGAGAGCCACAGCGUGGAAGACCUCGGCGAUAUAUCUUCAGAGUUCAGCGUAGAAGUAGAAGAAGAUAACCUAGACCACGCUCAAGACCCCAAAAAGAAGGGGAAGUUCUACAAACUUGUGAAGUCUAUGAAGAAUAGAAGGAAAAGUGUUCAGGUCGCGAAGAGUGCUGAUAACUUGGCUGAUAAGCCUUUGGAGGAACGGCAGAAGAAGAAGAAAGGUUUUAAGUUUCAUAGGAGGUUUAGCCUGAGUCGAGGGAGGGAGGAUUGA